AGCUAUUUAGCUGACUAGCAAUGUUAACAGUUAGCUGAAGUUUUUGCUAAUGGUUCCAUGUAAAGCUGUGUGAUAUGUCCAGUGUAAAGUAAAAUGUAACCUUAGAAGAAAGGUAAUGUUAGCUACCAAUGCUAGCAACGAAAGAUUAGUGUUUCAGCUUCAUAACAUAAAGGUCAUAUUGUUAUGGGAUAUGAACGUGUAAUGUUAAUGUUAGAGUGUCUCAAGUCUGCUAGCUUAACUGCCCUAGGUGCUAUUCUAAAGAAAGGCGAGCUGGUUUAAGCUCCGGGCUUGUUCUGCACCAGCACCACAUCUUGUUGUUAACUUAGUUAUUUAUACUCAACCAGUAGCCUACUCAACAGCUAGCAAGCAAAUCUUAUUAAUAACCCGAAUUCUCAUCAUGUUGGCAUUCAAAGGCAUUACUAAUGUGUUGUAGGCAAGGAAUGGUGCUCAUCUGACCUCAACUGGUUAGAACCAGUCUAUCGCAGUGAUCUCCCAUUUCUUAUCAACAUAACCAAGCUGAUUGUGCCAGUGCCAGAUUGAGGUCUGACCUGGCCUGAACCCUUAAUUUACCAACUAAACUAACAGCCCGAAUAUGUAAAACCCAGCUAAGUAAUGGUAACUCAAGAAUGUCUGUCCAAAAUAGCCAUUUCUGAUUGAAAAUCAUGUUUUUAAUAUAUUCUAAUAUGUGUUUUAUUAUUAUUUAACUGUUUGGGCAUACAGUUUAACACACCUCUUUGUCUACUUGUACUCCCCUGUCAACAACUGGGUUUUCCCAAGAGCCUAACCAUUUGUGCAAUGCAGUGCAGUAAUUACAGGCAUAUAAUAUGCUAAUGAGAUUUCAAAUUCAUCAUCUGAGAAAAGGACAAUCUCUGUGUCCAGUCAUGCCUUUACAAAUGGCAUGGUGAGGUGAUAAACUAAGGCACCGUGCUUAUAAUAGCUUCCCAUGGCUUCACACAUCAGCAACUCACACGUCCAUACUCCCUGGGUACAUGUUAACAGCCUCCCUCUUCAAUCUCCCAGUCACUUAUUUAUUUAUCUGCUUCACCAAUAGGAUCUCAGAUUCUCCAUGAUCUUCAUGGCGAGGAGAAACACACUCUCCCUCUCUCUCUCACUCUCUCACACACACACACACACAAACAACACAGGCACUAAGGUAGAGGACAUUCAUUAAGGCAGUUAACCACCUGGGCCCAAAACAUGACAUCUGAAGGUCAACAUCCUGCAAGGCAGAGCCUCUACUAUACCUCUGGUGUGUUUGUGUCAUACAUGUUGGUGUAUGUUUUCAGUUCUGUUUGCUCCAGGUUUUACUAUAUUGAUUCACAGGCGGAUCAAGAAAAAAAAAGCUAUAUAAAUUGAUUGGUCAGCCAAGUCAUAAACAGAGGGGGUUAAAAAAAAAAAAAAACAGAUCCCUGUCUUAGAUGAAACCAUCCUUGUUGUGAUUCUGAUGAGAUCUCACAGACUUGUCAGUCACAGUUAAAGUCAUACUAUGAUAAUGGAGACCACAUUUUUUUCCCUGGGACAUCAUGUCUAUAUUAUCUCAGCCCAGUCUCCAUUUUCCUCCCGUUUUGCCCUCUUUGUCAUUCAUGAAUCAAGGCCGUCUUGCCACUCCCUCCCCCUGUUCCUCGCCCUUGUGGAGGGGGAGUGGAGUGGAGGGGAGCAGCUGGGAGUUUAGCCUCCUAGAGAGAGACUGCUGAUGCUCUUGCUCAGGGGAGGGUCAUAUAUGGUGGGCUGUCCAUGGCUAUGAGCUAUGUUUGAUGGAUCACCUUUUGGACUACACAAAGACAGACAGACAGGAGGGGUAUUCUCAACCGCAAAAGUGCGACUACAGCAAUCAACCUGACGCGUUAUAGCACCCGCUGCACCAGUCGAGGAACUGCAGCCGCCACAGCCGCAGAUCUGAGUGGCUGAGCGGCCACUGCCAGGUCCUGCAGACGGAGCAGCAGGAGCACGAGGUGGGGGGUGGAGGUAGUGGUGGCUGGCAGCCUCGCGGAGAGGAGGAGGAGGCGCAGGCGGCGGUGCCACUGGCGGUACCCGAGUCUUGGCCGUGGAUGCUGCCCUCUGGGGACGGCCUGAGGAUGGCCUCGCCCGGCAUGCAGAUCUUCGGCUUCGUGCUGGCGCUGCUGGGCAUCAUGGGGGCCACGCUGGCCACGCUGCUGCCCAACUGGAAGGUGAGCGCCGACGUGGCCUCCAACAUCAUCUCGGCCAUCACGCAGAUGCAGGGCCUAUGGAUGGACUGCACCUGGUACAGCACCGGCGUGUUCAGCUGCACGCUCAAGUACUCGGUGCUGGCGCUGCCCGCCUACCUGCAGACGGCGCGCACCACCAUGGUGCUGUCGUGCGUGCUGGCCGCUCUGGGCCUCUGCCUGGCCUCGCUGGGCCUCAAGUGCACGCGCUGGGGAGGCGCCCGGCGGUCCAAGCAGCACGCCGCCAUGGCCAGCGGCGGCUGCUUCCUGCUGUCGGGCACCCUCUGCCUGGUCCCCGCCUGCUGGUUCACCGACGAGGUCAUCAAGAGCUUCCUGGACUCCAACGUGCCGCCCAACAACAAGUUUGAGCCGGGCGGCGCGCUCUACGUGGCCUUCGUGUCGGCCGGCUUCCUGCUGGCGGGCGGCUCCAUCUUCUGCGCCACGUGCCCGGGCAAGAGACAGGGGCCCCGCGACCUCAUCCUGCUGCCCCCCGACAAGCUGCUCCUGCAGCAGCAACAGCAGCUUCUCCAGCAGCAGCAGCACGACCAGCUGCAGCACCAGUACUGCUCCCUCUCGCCCAUGGACAACAAGACCGGCUACAGCCUGCAGGACUACGUGUGAGCGUGCGAGACUGGAAUGAGGGGGGAAAACAGAUCACGCUGGAAUGACUGACUCUCACUCACACACACACACACACACACACACACACACACACACACACACACACACACACACACACACACACACACACGCACUCACUUAAAUGUCCAUAUGUGCUGCCGCAGUCUGUCUGGGAAUAUGCUUUCUGUGAGAUAAAAGGGGGAGUUUAAAGUGAUGAGACGAAAGAUGGGAGAACUAACGUCUUUUCACCCCCUCCCUCCCUCCCUCCCCCCGUUUUCCCCCGUGCAAGCACAAGCAGUGGAGGUAUUUCCUGUGCUGUGCCUUGGAACAGACGGCCGGUGAAUAUUGAGGUGUGCAGGGGAGAGCACUGCAGUGAGUGGAGCAGAGACAGCGAGUCACAGCCAGGAGAAGAAGAUGCUGAACACAUCAGCAUGACGUAGAUGGUGAUCUAGAGUUCCUUUGGGAGUAGAAAACCUAUAAUGGAUACCUGGUCCUUUUUUUCUCUUGCUUGCUCAAAGGAUUGGAUUGAAUUGAACAAUUCUCAAAAAGGACGUGGGAAAAGCAAUCAUUUAGCUGCUAACAAUCGGACUAAAAAAGCAAGUUGGCAAUAUGUUUCAAAGAGGCAAUAGUUACGUGGAGUCCCUUGUGUUUUGCAAGCAUUUUAGUCAUUUUGGACUGUCCACUAGGGUAAUAGCUGAACUAAUGAGGUAUAUCGUCUUAUUUUUGGUAGCUGAUAGAAUGAUCGAUAUUCUGCCGAAGCAUGCUGUCUGGAGCCUGUGUUGAAUGCAGCCGUUUGCCUGGAUAGACGUCGAGACGCAGCCAGAAUGCCUGUGCCUCAAAAGCUGUAGUUUGUUUAUGCCGCUUAAACUGUUGACGUGAGGCUGACGGCCAGACAGAGAGGGUUUGGUCAGUAGAAGGAGGGGGUGGGGGGUGGACAUGUUGGCUGGACUGUGCUGAAUUGAGCUUGCAUCAGAUAUGACUGACAGGAGUCCCAUUGUCACCGCUGCAGAUGAGUAAGAUAAGUCCGUCGCGCCAGCAGAGUGGACAGUCAGGAGAGGGCUGCCGCUUCCCCAGUAAGCCCCAAAUAACAACAAGGAGCCGCCGUCGCCAGGGUGCACCCUGCUCAUUCAUCACACGUACGCACACACACACAUUCACUUAAAGGCACACAAGCAAAAACACACACACACACACACACACACACACACACACUCACAUAAAAGGCACCCAAGUACACACACACACGAGCGCACUGAGCUGCAUGCACGCUUCUCACUCUCGCCGUCCCUCACUACCAUGGAAACAGAAUCCAGCACCCAAAUAUCUUUAUUGUCCGGGGGGGG